CUUCUCUACGUUCCCCCCCUCUCUCUCUCAGUUCUUCAUCUCUUCUUUCUCUCUCUCUCUACUCAGUUCUUCAUCUCUUCUUUCUCUCUCUCUCUCUCCCCUCACAACACACAUUGAGAAAAACAACCCUCACUCCCUAGAUGGGGCCUUCCGAGAACGAGCCACUUGUAAAUUCCCAAUUUUUCAGUUGAAUUUUAACUGCAAUUGGUAGAUUACGAUUUCCCCUACCUGAAACCCUAGCCAUUUGUAGAUGACUCACUUGUAAAUUCGCAAUUUUGUUGCUGAAUUUCAGCUGUGAUUGGUAGUUUCAUUGCAUCUUCGCGACCAAUUUUCGGGAGAAAAUGGCAGAACUCGAUCUGUCCAAGAAAGUAGCCGAUAGGUAUCUCAAGCGUGAAGUCCUUGGUGAGGGUACAUACGGUGUCGUUUACAAAGCCAUUGAUACCAAGACAGGGCAGACGGUUGCAAUUAAGAAGAUCCGGCUUGGCAAGCAGAAAGAAGGGGUCAAUUUUACGGCUCUCAGAGAAAUUAAACUGCUUAAAGAGCUCAAAGAUCCAAACAUUAUUGAGUUGAUUGAUGCCUUUCCACAUAAAGGGAAUUUGCAUCUUGUGUUUGAGUUCAUGGAGACGGACCUCGAAGCUGUUAUACGGGACAGGAAUAUUGUUCUUUCACCUAGUGAUAUAAAAUCUUACCUUCAGAUGACAUUAAAAGGCCUUGCUAUUUGCCACAAGAAAUGGGUGUUGCAUAGGGAUAUGAAGCCAAAUAACUUGUUGAUAGGAUCCAACGGACAGCUGAAACUUGCAGAUUUUGGUUUAGCACGGGUAUUUGGAAGCCCAGAUCGCAGGUUCACUCAUCAGGUGUUUGCUCGGUGGUAUAGAGCACCUGAGCUAUUAUUUGGCACCAAGCAGUAUGGUCCUGGGGUAGAUGUUUGGGCUGCAGCUUGUAUAUUUGCUGAACUUCUUCUUCGUCGACCCUUCCUGCAGGGUUCAAGUGAUAUUGAUCAAUUAGGAAAGAUUUUUGCAGCAUUUGGAACUCCAUCUGCUUCUCAGUGGCCUGAUAUGAUUUUCCUUCCUGAUUAUGUUGAAUAUCAACAUGUUCCUGCCCCACCUUUGCGUUCUUUAUUUCCAAUGGCUAGUGACGAUGCCUUAGAUUUGUUGUCAAAGAUGUUUACUUAUGAUCCAAAGGCUAGAAUAUCUGUACCGCAGGCAUUAGAGCACAGGUACUUCUCAUCUGCGCCUCUGCCCACAGAUCCUGUUAAGCUUUCAAGACCUGCUCCUAAGAAGGAAUCUAAGGUUUCAGAUGUAAUUUCAAACGAAGGUCCUACUGUCUUGUCACCUCCAAGAAAGUCCAGGAGAGUAAUGCCAGGGCGUGAUGGGUCUGAAGGAAAUUCUUUGCAAGGAGAUAAGUUUGAUGACAGUGUUGUUAGUGUCAGACAGGCAGCUGGUGAUAAUAUGGGAAAGAAUGAGCCAGCUCCAAUGUCACUAGAUUUUUCUCUUUUUGGAUUAAAACCUCCAAAUAGACCUACAAUUACCAGUGCUGACAGAUCACAUUUAAAAAGAAAAUUAGAUCUAGAGUUCUAGCAGCCAGAAUGAAUAUUCUAUGAUGGUUCCAUCAGUAAGAGAGGGGUCUGAUGCAUUUGAGAAAAUUCUGUGAAUCAGCUUCGCUUGUAUGCCAUUCCCUAUAUUUUUCUCUCUGCAUAAAGUUCCCAUGAAUAUGUUGAUGUUUAAAGGAAGAAGUAUCUGUGACAGCAGAUUAGCAUCUCACUUGAAUAGUAGUUCAGAGAGCUGAAAGUAACUAUCAUAGACUAAAAAAAAAAUAAGUAACCAUACUCUUUGGAUCCCUUUUUUCUGAUUCUUCUGAAUUUCUGUUCUCCACAUUCAGGAGAACUUGUAUCUCUCCACGGAAGGCCUAGAGUGAGAGCAUUUUCUUAAGCCCUUGCUGUAUAUCUGACACACUUGAAAAAGUAGUGGUUGGGGAACACUGGAUUUUAACAUUGAUUUGUUAUUUUAUUGAACAUAAAGAGAAACUAUUGUUUACACUUCAAGUGUAUAAUAUGUAUUUUCUUGGGGGGUUUCAAAUAGGUUGUGUACCGAGCAAAAAUAUUUGUAGACAUUGUGAUUGAUUUUGGCUGAUUUGCUUCUGAGAUAACCUUUGGUCCUUUUUUCCUUUAUA